GCCUAUAAUUGUUCAGUCAUAUCCAACCCACUAACUAAAUUCAAUCUAAUCAUCAGCCCCAUUGUCAAAACUUUCAAAUUCAUCCUCAUUUUCCAGGCUUUCAGCUGCAAUGAAAGUGAUGCAUUCAUCACUUUCAUUGCACACUACUUCCCCUACGAUUAGAGUUUUGACAUUUUGUAAUUUACGAAUUUGCCAUCCUCUUUCUUUAACGUCAUCGUUUCUCACUCUUCUUCCGCCAACCCAGCGCUGCACCAAUAUCUCCAUCAAGUUUGAUCAAAUUUAUAAACCCACUUCUUUUUCUUCAUCUGGGUCUUCAAUAAAAGCGUCAAUGGCUUCGUCAGCCACCAAACCCUUCUCUGUUCUGUUUGUGUGUUUAGGUAACAUCUGUAGAAGCCCAGCUGCAGAGGGUGUGUUUAGAGAUAUUGUCAAAAAGAGAGGCCUUGAUUCUAACUUCAACAUUGAUUCUGCUGGCACCGUUGGUUUCCAUGAGGGUGAUUUGGCUGACCCAAGAAUGAGAGCGGCUGCAAAACGGCGUGGGAUUGAGAUAACAUCAAUUUCAAGACCAAUCAAGCCGUCUGAUUUCAAAGAUUUUGAUCUUAUUCUUGCAAUGGACAAGCAAAACAGUGAGGAUAUACUGGGUGCUUUUAAUAAGUGGAAAUUUAAGGAACCACUUCCUGAGGAUGCACACAAAAAGGUUAGGUUGAUGUGCUCUUAUUGUAAGAAACAUGAUGAAACAGAAGUGCCUGAUCCGUACUACGGUGGACCUCAAGGAUUUGAGAAGGUUUUAGAUCUACUUGAAGAUGGUUGCGAGUCAUUGUUAGACAGCAUUGUGGCGGAGAACAAUCUAAUGUAAAUUCUGAACUCCUGAUUGGAAGUUGCUACGUGUUGUUGGGGUUGAUCUCGAUGGAUGAAGUAUUUGUUCUUAUACUGCAUAAUGUUUUAUUAGUUACCUUAUUAAGUUACAUUCAGUCACGGUCAUCAUGAUGUAAUAUAAAAAAUCCCAGUGGGUCAAUUGUAUUCCUUAUAUUAUUGCAGCAGAGAUGGAAUUUGGACAUAAUGUUGCUAUAU